GCACCACCCGCUGCUGCUUGCCCCUCGUCCUACUGAGCAUAAUCGCGAGCACCCAACUCUAAACGGUCGACCACCGCUCCCCAAAGCAUUCCUCUCAUUCUUUCUUUGAGUCCCUCGAGGAACCUUCACAUCUGAACUUCCAACGUAGUCACUCCACACGCGAUGCAGACGAACCGGAAAAGAGCUCCUUCAAAGACCCCACGAACGGGAGGUGCUGGGUCAAUGAAGCAGAGCCAACAACUUCCCAAAAACUGGCCAACACACAUUCCUUACCUACGGCUACCAAGCUACUCAAAGGUUUUGACUUACGAGGCCAUGAGCGUGUUGGUUCUAGCGAAAGCGGACCUACCGUCUGGCGAGGAAGCUCGCCAGGUAGUCGCUCCUUAUUCGAACGUCAAAAUUACCCCCAUUGGAGAUGAACGUCAUCCCGCUCACGGACAGUACGGCCUGUUUGCAAGUCAAAGCCUGCAACCCGGUGCCUUCAUACUAUCGUACCUGGGAUACGUUCAUGAUCACUCUGAAACUGAUGACAAUUCCGACUACGACUUGUCGCUAGAUCGCGAUCAUGGCCUUUCAGUCGAUGCAUCCCGAAGUGGGAAUGAAGCACGGUUCAUUAAUGACUACAGAGGCGUGUCAAGCGCACCAAAUGCCGAAUUCAAGGAUACUUACAUCGACCUGGGCAAUGGGAAGAUAGAAAAGCGGGUAGGAAUCUUUGUCUUGCGUGUGGGAAAGAGCGGGAAGAACUCCAGAGGAAUCCCGAAAGGUCAAGAGAUCCUCGUCAGUUAUGGGAAGGGCUUCUGGAACGAGCGUACAGCUACGCAGGAAAUGUGACAGUUCGUCGACCGCGCAUACGAUGACUUUGCAGUUCGCAAGCAAAUACGUUCACACUUUUGCCGUCUGCACCACACCCCAACCACAUCGCACGCUUUACAGAUAUGGAAAUGGGUGGCAAUACAGGACUGGCGAGUGAGGAGCGU